AUGGCUUCCAACGAGACUGAGGCGAGCCGUCUGCAGGAGCUCAACGCAGUCGUGCGUGACCAAGAGGACCUGGAACGGGAUAUCACCAGCAAGGCGGACCAGAUCCUCGCGGAGAAAGCCGAGGAAAAUGACAUCAGACGCCUAGAGAAGGCUUUGAAUGAGAAAGAAAAGGUCGAUGCUCAAAUCCGACAGGCACGCCACCGCCUGGCCCAGAACGUCGGGCAAGCAACCCGCCACCGACUCGAAAAUGAGCUCCACAAGCAGGAGGGGCGUCGAUCCGAAAUCCAAAAUGACGUUCGAGAUAUCCAGAAGCGUAUCGACGAUCGGCGCAAGGACCAGGAGGCUGGGGCCGGUAGCCAGGGCUCCGGCCGACUACCCAACGAGUCCCGGCGUGACUACCUCCUUCGGACAGGAAAGAUCACCCCAUUCGAUCUCGCCAACGCCAGAACACGGGAUGGCCCCCUUUCGAAUCUCCAGGAUGCCUUGGAUGACGCAGAAGAUCAACAGAAGGAAGAUGAGGAGCGCGCACAAGCGCCGGAUGAGCCCAACGCGUCCCACCGCAACCUUGCGCGCCCCGGCCUGGAUUUUGACAACGUCAGCGAGAGUAGCCACACGGAAAGUAGCGGGAAGCGCAGGAAGCUUGCCGUAAGACCCAAACCUGUGAAGACUCGCAAGUCCAGUUCCCCGGAUGUCGACUCAUCUGCGAGCUACGUUGCUUCGGACGGUGCCAGUGUGGAAUCGGAAGAUGACGACUUUAUGCCCGAUACCGAGACCGAUACCAUCACUCGCAAGCGCAAGCAGACCAAGGCCGAGGCCGAAUUCGAGGAUCUCAGUGGUGUGGAUGAUGGUAACGAAAAUGUCUACCAAGAUCGUCUCCAAAAGUGGAUCAAACGACGCAGCGCCGCCCGGAAACGCGCACAGCCAGACAUCAAGGAGGAAGAUGAGGAACAGGAUGAAUGGCUCAAGCCACAUCCCACGGAACCGGAUAUGGAGCUUGCGAACGGCCUCCGCAUCCCCGGGGAUAUUAGCCGAUAUCUCUUUGACUACCAACGCACGGGUGUCCAAUGGCUCUGGGAAUUACAUCAACAGAUGGUCGGUGGGAUCAUUGGAGACGAAAUGGGCCUGGGCAAGACCAUUCAGGCCAUCUCCUACCUUGCGUCCCUGCACCACAGCAAUUUAUACACCAAGCCUGCCAUCAUUGUUUGCCCAGCCACCCUCAUGGUGCAAUGGGUCAAUGAAUUCCAUCGGUGGUGGCCAGCAUUCCGUGUCUCGAUCCUGCACACCUCUGGUAGUGGCAUGGUCAAUCUCAGCAAGGAACGCAACCGCGAGCGUCGACUGGCAUCCGAGACGGUGGGCAGCAACUCUUCUCGGCAUAUGUCAGCCGGCCAAAAAGCUGCCAAGAAGAUUAUCAAUCGCGUCACUGAGGCGGGUCACGUCUUGGUGACAACAUAUGCUGGCCUGCAGUCGUACGCCGAUCUUCUAGUUGGCGUUGACUGGGGCUGUGCUAUUCUUGACGAGGGUCACAAAAUUCGAAACCCUGAUGCUAGCAUCACAUUCAGUUGCAAGGAGCUUCGAACUCAUCACCGCAUCAUCCUAUCUGGCACUCCAAUGCAGAACAGCUUGAUUGACCUGUGGUCUCUUUUUGAUUUUGUGUUCCCCAUGCGCCUGGGAACCCUGGUCUCCUUCAAGAACCAGUUCGAGAUUCCCAUUCGCCAAGGCGGAUACGCUUCCGCCUCCAACUUACAGGUCCAGACUGCCGCGAAGUGUGCAGAGACAUUAAAAGAUGCCAUCAGUCCCUACCUCCUCCAACGCUACAAGGCGGAUGUCACGGCUGAUCUGCCUCAGAAGAGCGAGCAAGUGAUCUUUUGCAAACUCACCAAGUGGCAGCGGACGGUCUACAAGCGAUUCCUUGGUUCGGAUGACAUGCGUUCCAUUGCCAGAGGCAAGAAGAACUCUCUCUUCGGAAUCGACAUUCUUCGAAAGAUUUGCAACCAUCCGGAUCUCGUGGAUCAUGCAUUUCGAUCCCACGAGGCCGACUAUGGUCAGGGAGAACUAUCUGGUAAGAUGCUCGUUUUGAAAGGCCUUCUCGAAGUGUGGAGAGAUACCGGCCACAAGACUUUGCUUUUUGCGCAAACACGUCAGAUGCUGGACAUUAUUCAAAAGUUUAUUCGGAACCUCGGUGAUUUCAACUUCCGUCGCAUGGAUGGAAACACUGCGAUCAAAGACCGCCAGAACAUGGUGGAUGAAUUCAACACCAACCCUGACAUCCAUGUCUUCCUCCUUACGACCAAAGUUGGAGGUAUCGGUGUGAAUCUUACCGGAGCCGAUCGGGUCAUCAUCUAUGACCCCGACUGGAAUCCAUCGACCGACAUGCAGGCCCGUGAGCGGGCCUGGCGUCUGGGCCAGAAGCGAGACGUCACCAUCUUCCGUCUGAUGACCAAGGGCACCAUCGAAGAGAAGAUUUAUCACCGCCAGAUCUUCAAGCAGUUCCUAACCAACAAGAUCACCAAGAAUCCCCACCAGCGGGAGGGCUUCCAGCUCGGUGAUCUCUACGAUCUGUUCUCUCUGACUGAGGAGAAUGACAACGAGCUGGAAACAACCAGACUUUUCAAGAAUGCCGAAGUGACCUACCAAGAAGAGGAGCAACCGACUACCAAUAAGAACAGUGCCAAGAAGAUCAAAUCAAACUCGCCACAGGCCGAAGAUAUCAACACCGUCCCGGGAGUCGCCAAUGUUGAAGAGUUCAAGAAUACCUCCGAGGAGGCCAAGGACGCUCAAAACGCCGAAGAACGCAUCAUGCAUGGCAUCUUUGCGCGUUCCGGUGUCCACUCCGCCCUCGAGCACGAUCACAUCGUGGAUGGCAGACGCGCGGUCCGAGCCGACGCCAAGGACAUCGAGCGCGCUGCACGCCGGGUCGCUGAUGAGGCGGCUGCCGAGCUCCGCAAAGCGGAAGAGACCGCUCGCACCAUGCCCAUUGGGCUCCCCACCUGGACCGGCCAGUACGGCGUCGGAGGUCGUGACGACCAGGGCAGUAGCUCUGCGCGUCCUGCUCGAGCAGGACCUUCGUCCGCCAAUCUCAUCGCGAACCUCAACCCCGCUGCUGCUCAAAACAAUCCCGCAUCUCCCACGGUGCCGGAUAGAAUGCCUCGCGGCAAGGAAUUCGUGCCACUCAUCCGAGACUUCCUCCUCAAACGCCGUGGACCCGUUUUCAGUCAGGUUAUUGUUGACAACUUCAGCCACUACUGCACGAACCAGCAACGUUCUGCUGAAUUCCAGGAGGCUUUGAAGAAAGUGGCUACACUCGAGCGAGACCGCGGUGGGCGUGGCAAAUGGGUUUUGAAGCCGGAGUUUGCAAGAGAUGUUUCAAGGAGAUGA